UGGGCUGAAAGCGAUAAGAGGCAGGCACCUCCUCCUCUGGCCAGAUUCUGAAUGGGACCUGAACUGAUGGUCUGCCUAUGAGCAGACCUGCUGAAUUGGGCCUGGAAGACCCAGCUACGAUGACGGGGAAGGUUCCCUCGUUCUCCCCCAGCUCCACAGUGAGCUCUGCUCUGCCUGGCUACGUCGCUCUCUGCCUCGCUCUACAGGUUCACAGGCUGGCGUCAGAACAGCUCACAGUGAGGGGACCUGGCCACCCGAUCACUGCCUCCCUAGGUGGGGAGGCCAUCCUGCCCUGCCACCUCUCCCCCAGGAUGAGCGCUGAGACCAUGGAGCUGAGGUGGUUCCGAUUCAAGUUCUCUGCAGUUGUGCACCGGUAUAAGGAUGGGCAGGAUCAGUACGGACAGCAGAUGCCGGGAUAUCAGGGAAGGACGGAGCUGCUGAAAGACAAUAUCACCAGUGGGAGUGUUUCCCUGAGAAUACGCAAUGUCCAACUUUCUGACCAUGGACAGUACACGUGUUUCUUUCAGUCCAAUGUUUCGUAUGAAGAAGCCUUACUGGAGCUGCAAGUGGCAGUUUCAGGCUCUGACCCCCACAUCUCAGUUGAUGGCCACCAGGACGGAGGGAUCUGGGUUGUGUGUCGAUCGGCAGGCUGGCACCCAGAACCUGAGGCUCAGUGGAGAGAUCACCAUGGGCAGCUGUUAUCAUCUGCCUCUGAAAAAAUAUCUAAGGCGGCCAACGGCCUGUUUCAAAGCCAGAUUUCUAUUGUUAUAACAGAACAUUCCAACCAGGACUUGUCCUGUUCUGUCAGGAACCCGCUCCUCAACCGAGAGAAAAUAUCAACAGUUUCCAUAGCAGAGCUGUUUUUCCCGAGGGUCAAUCCCUGGAUGGUGGCUCUGGGUGUGAUCCUGUCUCUCCUGGCUGUUCUCAUUGGCCUGGCCAGUUACUGCUUCUGGAGGCAACAGAGAGCGAAAGAGAAACUGCAGGGUGAACUCAAGUGGAGAAGAGCCCUACUAAAUGCGGGUUGGGAAAAAGCCCGACAAUAUGCAGUGGACGUGACUCUGGAUCCAGACACGGCAAAUCCCAAACUCAUCCUGUCUGAGGAUCGGAAACGUGUGAGAAACGGAGACAAACGCCAGGAUCUGCCUGACAACCCUGAGAGAUUUGAUCCUUGUCCCUGUGUCCUGGGCGCUGAGCGGUUCGCGGGCGGGAAGCGUUACUGGGAGGUGGAGGUGGGAGACAAGACAGGCUGGGACCUGGGGGUUUGUAGGGAAUCUGUGAGCAGGAAGGGGCAGGUCACACUAACAACCAAACAGGGCUACUGGGCCAUGAGUUUGAGGAAUAGGGAUAAAUACUCAGUCUCCACCUCCCGCUGGACUCCCCUCCCCGUGAGCGUCAGGCCCAGCCGGGUGGGAAUUUUCCUGGACUAUGAGGCGGGCGAGGUCUCGUUUUACAAUGUGACUGACAGGUCCCAUCUCUUCACUUUCACUGGCACCUUCUCCGGGAAGCUCCACCCUUAUUUCUGUCCCUGUAACAACGCUGGGGGUACAAACGCGGCUCCCCUGAUAAUCUGCCCGGUCAUCCAGGGUAUGCUGUUGCUCUCCAAUUUGCUUCAGCUCUCAGGAGAGUUUUAA